AUCAGUUCAAGAAAUAAGGAGAAUACUAUCGUUCAUAUUAUUCGUCUUUUUAAACAAAUGACGUAUUAAAAAAUAAAAAAUUUUAAUACAAGUAGAAAUUUUCUUCUGUGGACUGUUUUUACUAAUUGUAUUUUUUGAAUAAAAGGACGAUUUUCUAUAAUCAAGAUGUCGAGGCAAUCCGUGUUUUUCUUAUCAUUAAAAAUUUUUUUUUCUAUCUCUUGCAUAAACGCGGCACUAAAAGUAAAAAUUUUGGAUGGAACGAUCCAGGGAACUGAAAUGAAAACCAGAAAUGGAAGGACAAUAUCGGCCUUUUUUGGCAUACCUUAUGCUAAUCCGCCAACAGGAAAUUUGAGAUUCAAAGAACCUGUUGCACUAAAAAUUAAAUGGACUGGAGUUCGAAGCGCCGUUAAUGAGACACAUUCCUGUUUGCAGAAAAUUAAUGGAAUAGUAAAGGGCCAUGAAGACUGUUUGUUCUUAAAUGUAUACUCUCCAGUUGUAAACUUUGAUAAGAGAAUUCAAGACAAUUUAUUCCCAGUGAUGGUGUUUAUUCAUGGGGGUGGAUUUGUGAAAGGUGAUAUAAGUUCUAAAAAUUAUGGACCCCAAUAUCUUCUGGAUCGAGAUAUUGUUCUAGUAACAAUUAAUUAUAGGCUAGGAGUAUUUGGUUUUCUUUCAACUGGAGAUAAUGUAGUCCUAGGAAAUAUUGGAUUAAAGGAUCAAGUUUUUGCAUUAAAAUGGAUUCAAGAAAAUAUUAAAGCCUUUUCUGGAGACCCAAAUCGAGUAACUUUAUUUGGAACGGAAGCUGGUGGUGUUUCUGUAAAUCUACAUGCACUUACUGAGAGUACUGAUGGGCUUUUUCACCAAUUCAUAAUUCACAAUGGGAACGUAAAUGCUCAUUGGGCAUAUAAAAACAAUACAAAAUUCGAAUCAGAUGUGAAAAAGUUUUCGGAGGACUUGGGCUGUAAAGGCAAGAAAGAUGAACAUCUUAUCACCUGUUUGCAAUUUAAAAACCCUGAACAACUAUUAAAUGAAGCAAUGAAGAACGAUGAUUGGGGCUUUCCUCAACUACAAUGGAUACCCACAAAUGAACCAAAUUCGUCGAAUGCUUACUUAACUGACGAUCCAUUGAAAUUACUCAGAAAUAAUAAAAUCAAAGAUUAUCCUCAUAUUAUCGGAAAUGUAUACGACGAAGGCAGAUAUUUCACUGAAAAUUAUUACGGGAAUAAACCAAACAUUUCCAAAAUUAGAAAGGCUGCAGAUAAAUUAAUUGAUGGUGCUGCCAGUUAUUAUGCAACUCCCAAAAAUGAAGCCCAAUUCAAGGCAGCAGUUCAUAAAUAUUAUUUUAACGAUUCUCUCCCCACUCUGGAUGAAUUUUCGAUGCUUGAUGGAUACAGUAAAUUGAUGACCGAUAGUUGCUUCUUGUACCCAACGGUAAUGUUUCUUCACAGUUCAAAUCCAAAUGCUGUGAGUCAUUUUUAUCUUUAUUCAUUCGGCUACCAAGGCAAGGAGGGUAAGGUUCGAACAGAUAAAGAUAUUUUUAAAAAUGCAACUGUUCACGGAGAUUGGCUUCGAUAUCUGUUUCCCAUGAAUCGUACAGAAAUUGAUAAGGCCGAUAUGCCUUUAAUAGAUUUAAUGGUCGAUCUCUGGACAUCAUUUGUUACUUAUGGGAGACCUACCUCGGUAGCUGUGACCGAUUCUGAUUUUUGGGAGCCCCAUGCUGAAAGCAAUGGAUAUUUAAAAAUUGCUAAAGAUGACUUAAAUUUAGAUGUAACUCUGGAACACAACUUUUAUCCUGAACGCAUGGAUUUCUGGAAAACGAAUGCUGUUUAAAGCUAAGACGUUGUAUUUUUAAUCCAAAUUAAAAUUUUGAAACAUAAA